GCGCGACGGAAGCACAGUAAUGUAGUGAAAGCAAGAAAUAUAGAUAUGAAUAAUCAACCCAGCAUUUGUCGUACGGAGGCCUAGCGCAUGUUUAAAUAAUAACAAUACCCCUUGCCACCGCCAGUGCUGGACCCAACAAACCCGCCUCUCAUCCGCUCCUGCUACUCCACGGCUCCCGCUUCACCUUCACCCCCGAUCCAACCUCGCACCGGCUACCUCGUUCACCUUCACCUAUUGCCGCCUCAUUCCACGACCGCUGCCGCAGAGCAUGGACGGCAACUUCGACCUCAACUUCAGCUCUGCACACCGGCGGAAGAACAACGCAUCAGACCGCUCACUGGAACCGGCAAUUGGCGGGCGGAUGGCAAGGAAACCCUCAAUAUCGCGAUCGCAGCGCUCGCACUUCCACAUGGACAGCGAUAGCCCUCCCUCGUCCGGCUGGGAGCACCUACAAGUUUCCGACGAACGGCCCUCAGCCUCCGACGUCUCCUACCGCCGGCCCGCCGCACUACAUUUACCUCCCCCGACCAGAAUGCCGCCCGCUCACCCACCUCGAUAUCCCGGUGAUGGAUUUGACUUUCGGCGGCCUAUAUCGCUUACAAGAGAGGGAAGUGGCCAUGAGCCUCAGGUAAUUGACCUCACGGACGACUCGGUACCAUCGUCGACUGGCAGGCCCUCUGCGAGGCACAUGGGGGCUCGGCCGCCACAGAGACCGCCGCGGUUUCCAAGGGAGAUUAUCGAUCUAGAUGAUGAGAGCAACACAAGGACUACCUCGCAUCCGCCGGAGCCGCCGUCACCGGAGGUGCAAUUCAUCUCUAUGCGGAAUAUCACACCGGCUGAAGGGCCUGCACGGGGUGAGGAUGAGGUUCAAAUCACGGAUAUCAGACCUCGUUCGCAUUCCCGCCAGUUUUUCCGCCCGUCAGCCCCAGCUUCGUCGCACCUGAACCCUCUUCUAGCACUGGUGAUAGAUCGCAGAGCUAUGCCGCCCCAGCGUAACCACCGGACAGUCCACGGGACUCGUCUCUCCGCACAAGCUCUGCCCAACUCGUCACGGAGUCGUCUUCGGUCUGUGUACGUGGGAGUCAUGAACUACAAUACCGUUGGGUUCGAUAUGCAACCCGGAAACCGUCCGCAACCGCCACCUGCGCCCCCGACAUAUGAUCCCCCGCCGCCUGCCCCCCCCGGAUUCACGAGAUCUCCGGACGAGAAUACUCCCGUUGGGUGCCCGAAUUGCGAGAAUGAGCUGUGCAUCGGCGAUACGGAGCGACAAAGACAGGUGUGGAUUGUCAGGGCUUGCGGACAUGUGUACUGUGGCGAAUGUGCCGCCAACCGAUUUGUAAAAGUCAGCACCAAGGGCAAAGACGCUGUCGAUAAGACGAAGCACAAACCCUUCAAAGUCUGCGUGGUCGAUGGCUGCGAUAAGAAGACGUCAAAUCCGAAAGCCAUGAUCCAGGUUUUCCUAUAGCGCGCACAAGUCCUCCUCUCCUUGUUCUCUCAUAGUAGGGAUUUCUCUUUCCGGACGGGCGGCGACUUUGCCACUGUAUGCAUUGCUCUUCCUUGGACAGUCAUGAUACCCCCAUGCAUUUGGCCUUCCUCAGCGUUGUCUCAUUCGAAUUUCCGGUGUCGCUUUGUUCUUCUCUCGAGGUAGAGGGGCAUGGUAUGCAGAUUUUGCGUUUGCAUAGCAGGUCGGAAUAGACACGCGAGUGUGCUAGUCGUGCCCAAUCGACGUGGAUAGACUAUCAUGUCGACUGCAGCGCUGCUAUGUGAGAGGUUGCGAAGAUAGCGGAGUGCCCGUUAGGAGUGGGGGCAUAGGACAUCAUGAUGCAUCCAU